AUGGAAUUUCGAGAAAAUUUAUCUCAAGGGGCCUGCAAGCUCAGCGCCGAUGGCGCGGCAAGACGAGGCGUGGUGGCGCGGGGCGGGGCGGGGCGGAGCGGAGCGCAGGGUCGGUGCGCGAGAGCGGGAGCAGAGGAGUGGUCGAACAGAGGGGCAAGGCGAGCGACCAAGCCGCCCGCCAACGCCGCGACGGCCGCGUCGCAUAGCAACUCAGUCAUGCAGCCGCCUUCAGCCGCACGGACGCUCGUCGCGGCGGCGGCCGCCUUCGCGGCAUUGCUGGCCACCGGGGGCCCCGCCCCCGUCGCCGCCUUCGGCCUCGACGACGCCGGCGACGUCCUGCAACUGGGCCGCGAAAUCAUCAAGAGCGUGUUCAGCGCGUGGAAGAUCGUAGACGAGACGAGCGGCAGCGACGGAGAGAGCCCUUCCUUGUUCCACAAGAACGAGCGGCGCCUGCUUGGGCGAAUCGUACAGGUACGGAAUGCGCCGCGCUAG